ACACACCCACGACGAGGAGAGGAUGCUUAUGAUGGGAGCAUGCCGACAGCCUUGGUUUUGUUUCAUCUCAUGGCUUUCCGGGUGUUUCUCGAGGCGAAGGUGGAUGUAGCAAUAAUUGAAGUAGGGAUUGGUGGACAUUACGACUCCACCAAUGUGAUAAGGAGGCCGUGGGUGUGUGGUAUCUCAUCGCUAGGCCUGGACCACAUUCAGAUCCUUGGAGACACCUUUGAAAAGAUCGCCUGGCAUAAAGGAGGAAUCUUCAAGCCGGGGGUUCCUGCCUUCACCGUCAAACAGCCAGAAGAUGCGAUGGCUGUGCUCAGAGACCGAGCCAAAGAAAUCGGAUGUCCUCUGUGGGUGUGUCCUGAUCUGGAGGACUACCAGACAGACUGUGAACCCAUGCGUCUGAGCCUCGCAGGGAAGCACCAGCACUCCAAUGCCUCCCUGGCCCUCCAGCUGAGUCACACCUGGCUUCAGAGAAGAUGUCUACCAGACAAAAGCUUUCCCACCACCACUGCUGAGAACACAGGUGUACCUCAGGCAGCUGCCUUCAAGCCCUGUCCUAUCGUGGUGAAAGGGCUGGCAGAAACUGUGUGGCCUGGAAGGACUCAGAUACUGAAACGGGAAGAAGUCACGUACUUCCUGGAUGGAGCUCACACCAUGCGCAGUAUGCAGGCCUGUGCAGACUGGUUCAACGAGAGCUCAGCUCAGCAUGAAAGGAAAGCAAGUGGACCUGUGGCCAAAGUUUUGCUCUUCAAUAUUACAGGAGACAGAGACUCAGCUGCUUUGCUUAAACCAUUGGUGCCACAGCAUUUUGACUUUGCUGUGUUCUGCCCAAACAUCCAAGAUGCCAGCACGUUUUGUCAAACAGAUCUUUGGAACUUAUCCAUCUCCGUAGAGGUCAUGAUGACUCGCUGCUUGGUAAACGAAAAGAACUGGAGACUUCACAACAAUCUAGAAGACGUCAAUGGUACUCACCUGCUCAAUGAGGACUCCCUGUCCAUAGUCCCAGAGAGGAAAGCGGACACUCUGGUCUUCCCCUGCAUCCUUAGCGCCCUCCAGUGGAUCACCCAGGGCAGGGAUCCACUGCUAAAAGAUUCAGCUAACAGAGACCUGCCGGUUAAACCCUGCAUCCAAGCCAAAGCUGCUGCACUCUGUGAUGCAGCAGAGAUCCACGUCCUCAUCACUGGAAGCCUCUAUCUGGUGGGAGGAGCUCUUAAGAAUUUAGACCCUGAGUCCUGCAAGUAAAUCGAUUGUGUUAAUGAAGUUAGUGAGUUACGACGCAGAAUAAAUGAAGGGAGGGGGCUGAUACUAGAUUGUGGGACUGUAGUUUUAGUUGUUUACCUUACAGGGUUGGUGUGUGUAACAGUGAUGACCACUGGAUGUAUUGAAAUGUGGACACAAGUGGGCAAACGUGAAGCCUGAAUAACACCGCAACGGGCACUGAUAGAUGAUGUCAUCUGAAGCUGCAGCAUCGAUGUUGUGCUAAUGUGCUAACCAAAGCAUGCAUUAAACUUCCUGAUAUAGCAUUGUCGCUCUCUCAGGUGGAUCCAGUC